AUGAACCUUACAGUCACCAUAAUCCCAGGCACCACUGCUCCACCACCACCACGAAAGUGCACUUUGUUUGAGACGCAGAUAUCAAAAAGGAUAACGAUGAGGCUAACCGCGAGCGAAGAGACGAAACGCAGCUGUCGCCUGAUAGCCAAAUACAGGAGAAUCGCGGCGAUGACAACCAACCGCAGCCUCAGAUACAACAGCCCGCACUGGCUGAUUGAAUCAAAUUCAAGGGUAGUUAUGUUCAGGCUACUCUUCAGAUUGUGUUACUCUGGUACAAGUGUUUGGGGUACUCAACAGUCCAGCUUAUUAGCACUGAGCUAUCUUCAACCAGCAGCUGCCCCAAGAGUUGUUGGGGGAACAGAUGCUCCCGAUGGCAAAUAUCCAUACCAAGUAUCUCUAAGGGAUCCAUUUAUGAUGUCACACUUUUGUGGAGGAUCGAUCAUCAAUAAGCGCUGGAUAUUAACGGCUGCACAUUGUGUCUCAGGAAAAAAAUCGAUUACUGUUGUUGCUGGAACAAACUUACUUGAUGGAAAAGACGGAAAAAUUUACAAAUCGGAAUACAUCGUUCAUCACAAAGAUUUCAGUAUGAAACAAAUAAUCAACGACAUAGGAUUAAUCCGUGUUGAUCGUGAUAUCACGUUUAGUGACAAAGUUCAACAUGUCAGACUGGCAAAAGAAGAUUAUAGUCUAGACAAUGAAUCAGCAAAUUUGACUGGAUGGGGCAGGCUCUCGAAUGGAGGAAGAAUUCCUAACAAUUUGCAAGAGAUAACUGUAAAAAUCCUUAAUCAAGAGAAAUGCAAAAGUUUUUGGGACAAAAUGAUGCUCAUACAAGAAUCACACGUGUGUACUCUUACCAAGGAAGGAGAAGGAGCAUGCAAUGGUGACUCAGGUGGUCCUCUUGUCGUCAAUGGUGAACAAAUAGGCCUUGUUUCCUUCGGUGUACCAUGCGCAUACGGAUAUCCAGACGUUUACACAAGAAUAUCUAAUUUUGUUAGCUGGAUAGAUGAGACAAUCAACAGUUAUGAAAGCAAUCUAUAA